AUGAGCUUGCAUAAAAUAGUUUUAUUUUGCCUUGUUAAUAAUAAAUCAUUUUCAUGCAUAUAACAGAAUUUAAUAUUGUAAAUAAAUAGCAUUGGAGAUGAAGAAAAUUAUAAUUGCAAUUAGUAACUUGAUCAUAAACAUCUCAGACUAAUUUUAAAAGGAAGAUUAGAACAAUUGGAUUGUUCACAUGCUUAAAAUUGCUAAGGAUCAGGAAUUAGAACUAUUCCAGUAUUUGGUGAUUUAAUUAAUAAUUGCAAUUCUUUUUAUUAGAAUGGGGUUUUGACACAACAAUUUAUCUAUUAUAAGAUAUACAUAAUCGGAGUCUACUAUUUGAAUAAUCACUUGAAUGGAAAUUUAAUGGAACCUAUUUUAAUGUAAGGCUCAUUUCACACUACAGAAUCUAAUUAUGCAAUGAUUUUCAAUUCAUACUAUCAAAAUGGAACAGCCAUAUACUUUCUUAACCAAUAUAUAUAAAAUUAUCCAAUAGGUACUUGGAAUGUAACAUGUAUUGCUAAUACAAGAUAUAAUUUUAUGAACAUAGAUAUAUUUUGCUAAAAUGAAUUUUCAAAUGGUAUCUACAACAUUAUAUUUUAUCUGCCUCCAGAAUUUCAUUAUGACUUUGGUCCAUCAGCUUUUAUGCUAUUUACCAUAAUUAUGAUACUGCUUAUAUAUUUCUUCCUUAAAUUUAUACAAAAGACCUAGAAUGUUGGGUCUAUUUAUUCAGAGGUUGAAUUAUGA